CACUCCAAAUUUUUCAUUCCCAUACUUUAGCCUUAAUUUAAAUUUUCAAUUUCGUCCUCUCUGUCUCUCUCUCCCUCAAUUAUAUCAAAUACAAAUUAGGACAUUAAUCUUCAAACCUUAUUUUCCUAAUAUGGAAAUUCAGCAACAACCACCACCUUCCAUGGAAUCAAGAUUCCGACGUAUCUGUGUUUUUUGUGGUAGCAGCUCCGGCAAGAAUCCGAGUUACCAGCUUGCUGCUAUUCAACUCGGCAAUCAACUCGUAGAAAGGAACAUUGACUUGGUUUAUGGAGGGGGCAGCAUUGGCCUGAUGGGUCUGGUUUCUCAGGCCGUUUACGACGGUGGCCGCCACGUGUUAGGAGUGAUACCUAAGACUCUCAUGCCAAGAGAGAUUACAGGAGAGCCUGUGGGUGAAGUAAGAGCAGUUUCAGGCAUGCACCAACGCAAGGCUGAAAUGGCUCGUCAAGCUGAUGCUUUUAUUGCUUUGCCAGGUGGUUAUGGAACCUUGGAAGAAUUAUUGGAGGUGAUCACAUGGGCACAGCUUGGAAUUCAUGAUAAACCGGUUGGGCUAUUGAACGUUGAUGGCUACUACAACUCACUUCUAUCAUUCAUAGACAAAGCAGUUGAUGAAGGCUUUGUUACCCCAGCUGCCCGUCACAUUAUUGUUUCUGCCCAAACUGCCCAUGAACUCAUGUCCAAGCUUGAGGAGUAUGAAGCAAUGCACUCAGGAGUGGCCCCAAAACUAAGUUGGGAGAUGGAGCAACAAUUGGGAUAUACAUUAAAAUCAGAUAUUGCGCGUUGACAUGUUCAAUUAUUUGUUUCAAAACAUUAUUAUAUAAUAACCAUCACACAAAACAAUUAUUAUUAUUACUACUAUUACUAUUAUAUAUGUAUAUUUUAGAUGUGAGUUCCACCCCCACCAAAAAAAAAAAUUAAGAGUGCCACCACAGUUGUUCUUUUUAUUCAGCUGUGGCUUUGAUUUUUUUUUUUCUGAUUUCAUUAGAGUCUGACGUGGAUUAACAGUAAUAUUGAAGAGUGAGUUUGUUGGUAGUUCAUUAUCCGUACUUGUCGGUGAUUAAUUACCAGUUAUGUAAUUCUAUUUUAAUUUGCUUGCUA